GAUGGCAUCUCUAGUCUCUUAGUCAGCUGUUUAUAGCGUCUCUAAUUGUCGAAAGAUUUUGUUUUGAAAAUUAAGUAAAACUGACUACACAACCGCAUUAACGACAUAUUUACACCUCGAAUAAACAUAAAAAAGUUCGCCCACAUUCUUACCCACGUACACACAUCCGCAAAAUAACAUGCAAUGGUAUGUGGGCUCUAAGUGGGAGGAUCCUACCCGCGGUCUCACCAAGAAGGUUCUUGGUCUGGAAUUUUCUGUAAUGGAAAAACCUCUUUUGGUCAGCAAAGUUGAAUUUAAAGUCAACAAAUGCGAGAACUUGGGAAGACGUCCCAGUAAAUAUCUAAAUGAUUUAGCCUCGACGCAUUGCCUGGAGAUGGGAACUGCUGUAACGCCGGUGGAUUACUAUAUAGAAAUAUUGCUACAACAAUUUCUGCCAGGCGAGACAUCAGCUUGCUGCAUAAGCACCAAGUCUGGUGAAAAAAUCAAUCUUGAAUUAAAACUGGAGAAUAUUGUGACAAACACGCAGGUGGAAAAGCUCAAUGCGGCUGAAAUACACAAUCUAGCUCUGGCCUAUAAGGAAUGUGGUGUUCAAAUGUUUAAGGCAUAUCCGAAAUUUGCCUUUGAUUACUUUUCACGUGCUGCCAAGUUACUGAUCACGUAUAAACCGUUCGAUAAACUGACCUUGAAAUCGAACGGCAUCAAUGGAAGCGCUGUGGAGGCUCUAUUUCUACAGGUGCAAACCAAUUUGGCUGCAUGUAUGCUGCAGGAGCAACGCUAUGAGCAUGUCAUCUAUCACACCGAAUUCGUGGAAUCUGCCGAAAAUCCGAGCGAGAAAGGCAUUUAUAGGCGUGCACUUGCCUACUAUCAUUUAAAGGAGUUUGCAAAAGCCCAAAGUAUGGUGGAACGUAUGCCAAAGUGGGAGGAGAAGAAGGAAUUCGUUAAACUCAGGGACAACAUAGCAUCUAGCUGGAAGGAUAGUAAGGCCCACUACAAGGAAGUGGUGCAGCGAAUGUUUAGCUAAAAUUAUAUAUGUAAUAUAUGUAUAUUUUUUUUCUUAUACAAAAUCUA